AAGUAAUCUCGCAGUCGUCUUACCUAAGAGAUUCCUUCUGAGGCAGUACAUAGAAUCGGUCUGCAACGAGACAGGGGCUCACCGUGGCUCGUUAUGAAGAAAGUGUCACUGAAGAAGCAGACUCCAGGAUGGCUCGUUCUCUGUGGGAUGGUCAUCUUCGUCCUUGGCGCAGUGUUGGGAUGGUACGGGUUCCCGGCGUUAGUGAAAAGCCAAAUUAUUGAAAACCUGGAGCUAAAAGAGGGCUCUGAGAGAAGGGAAAUUUGGGAAAAAGCCCCUUACCCGAUGGAUUUCAAGAUCUACUUGUUCAACGUAACAAAUCCCAUGGAAGUACAGAAAGGGGCCACGCCUGUUGUGCAGGAGGUGGGACCUUACUGUUACAAGGAGGACAAAGAGAAGGUGAAUAUAGUGGAUCACGAAGACGAUGACACAGUUUCGUUUAACUUAAGGAACACCUGGCACUUCCACCAAGAAGAGUCUGGCAGACUUACUGGAGACGAGAUUGUCACUAUUCCCCACGUGCUCCUUCUGGGUAUGGUACUGACAGCACAACGCGAGCAACCACUCGGACUCAAGUUCAUCAACGUGGCGAUCCCAAACAUUUUCGACAAUCCCACGUCGGUCUUCGUCACUGCGCCAGCAAAAGAUCUGCUUUUCGACGGUGUUCUAUUCAAUUGCACAGCCAGUGACUUCUCUACCAAGGCCGUCUGUUCAGAAUUAAAAAAGCGAGCUCAUAAUUUCCAUAGAGUCAGUGAGGACACCUUCAAGUUUUCCCUUUUUGGAUCUAAAAAUGGAACCGUCAGAGAAAGGCUUGAAGUAAAACGAGGGAUAGAGAAUAUCAAGGACUUGGGUAAACUUGUGGAAUUCAAGGAUCAGAGCGUACAGAAUGUUUGGAACGGAGAGAAGUGCAAUGAACUCAGAGGAACGGACUCCAGCAUCUUUCCUCCGUUCCUCACAAAGAAAGACAAGAUUGAGAGUUUCCUUCCAGAACUGUGCAGGGUUUCCGAAGCCGAGUACCAGUAUGCUACUACGUACAGGGGAAUCCGCUCAUACAAAUACAGCGCUGACUUCGGCGACACCUCGACUGAUCCUGACCUCAAGUGCUUCUGCACGACGCCAACCACCUGCCUCAAGAGGGGAGUUCACGAUGUCUCGCGCUGCUCUGGAUACCCCAUCGUGGUGUCCCUCCCCCACUUCUACCUUGCAGAUGACGAGUAUCUGGACGGAGUAGUCGGCCUGAACCCCACUCAGGAGAAACAUGAGAUUACACUGCUCUUCGAACCGCUGACAGCAACGCCGCUCGAGGCCUACAAGAGACUGCAACUGAACAUCGCGUUGCACCGCACUGACAGCAUCGACCUGCUGAAGAACAUCAAACCAACGCUGCUUCCCAUUCUGUGGAUGCAGGAGAACAUGGAGCUUCAUCAGGAAUACGUAGACAAAAUCCUGGACCUGUUUCUUGUCAUAAGCAUCAUGGGUGCCAUGAAGUGGAUAAUGAUAGCCGUUGGAGGAAUUCUCACAGCCACUGGACUCUUCUUCAUUAUGCAUAAAAAGAACGAUGAUACCGUAAUCACAGGAUCGCCACCGAUCGCCCUCAAAUCCACGGGAAAACCAGCCAAGACAGAGCACAUUAUUGAAAAAUAGCGUAUAAGUGAAUAAUGCGUUAUGAUACUAUUAGAUUCCGUUCGUCCAAUAAUUCGAAUCAAUGCCUGUCCCGAGCUACAGAACCAGUUCUGUGGUAUCUGGUGAUUCCUCGUUGUAACACCCGGCCUUCAAAACAACACUGGUCGAAAGUAGUGCUAGCCGUUCUUAUGUUUUAAGUGUGCGAUGUUUCUGGCAGAUUUAUUUCAUGCAUCGUCACCUAAUGCUCGAUUUAAAAUUUUAAAACAACGCUACGUUGUUCCAACGGUGUUGAGACUUGCUACGUCAAAUGCAGGCGGAAUCAGAGAUCGUCAAAUCCCGAUGUGGCUGUAGUCUUUAGCUGUCGUAUACCUUCGUGUCCAAAUCAAAGGAAAUAAGCCAAUAACGUUCUACCCUGAGUAGGCAUAUGCCCUACCAUGAAGACAGAAGUUGGCUAACAUCCUUCUAUCAAAAUUAAUUCUGAUCUUUUGAUCUCUCGUAAGGAAGACGAAGGUAUGUUAUGUACAAUUUAUUUAUAGCUGAAUUUCAUACUUGGUGAAGCUGAAAAGUUGUGGCAUUUAGGGUGAACUUGACUCGAGAGCACCCACUCGCCAUGAGAUGUAAGUGUGUAAAACUUCGGGGACAAUAUCCGCGGUAAAUUCUAGACGCGCUGCGAAAAUAUAUACGAAAAUUUAUUUUUCCGUGGCAUUAACACGAUGGACGAUGGCGAGAGAAAGUUUUUACCUUAGACUCGAAAUAUCGUUGUAGCUAAUCGACAUUAAUAUCGAAUUUAUAUUCAAAUAACCAAUAUAAUACUUCGCCACAGUUUCCAUUCCACUUACAGAUAUAAGAGUAAGACUUGUGUAUGUUACGUAGAAUUCCGAAGAUUUAAAUAGAGUUCAAAGCACUUUCUUUAAAUACUUUUUCUUUAUAUUACUCUUAUCUUUCCACACGCAUACGAAAAGAUUUUGCAUUUAUGAACCGAGUAGAAAAAUAAAAUUCUCUCAGUACCAUUUUAGUGCAUUUGACGUAAUAGGUAACUCUGUUCUUCUAUUACUGCCUUCAUUUUCUAUCAAAGUGUAAAUACAAUUUCCAGUACAUUUAAGAGAGCGUUUUUUCUUCAGACAUACACAUGUAUACACCCUUCUGCAAAUAAAUAUGCCAAAUACACACAUAUGGAUCAAUAAUUAUGCACAUAAAUUAGCUACGAAUUACUGGAAAUGUAUUUUCGUUUUCAAUCCUGCAUGCAUUUUAAGGUUGACAUAUUGUGUGUUCUACUAUAAGUAUUUUCUAAUACAUAAUUAUUCUGA